UACGAGCAAUCCUUUCUUUGCCCCUCUCUCUCUCUCUCUCUCUCUCUCAUAUGUAUUUGAAUGUUCAAAAAUUUUAACAUUGUCUUUCUCUCUCUUCACUCGCACGCUCUGUUUCCCUUCCCUGUCUUCGACAGUUCUAACGGACCACUUCCGCCACUCCCUUCUUUAUUGCCCCCGCCGUUGUCACGUUCUCAGCUAACUAAUUUCUUUCUUUUUUUCUUAACAAUUACUGAACUUUCUCAGUUUUUUUCCCUUUUGUUUACGAGAUCUCUAUUCUUUUUCUCUCCUCAUUGCUGCCUUUUCUUUUUCUUCUGGAUUUUCGAUCUAGAUUUCUUCGGAUUUCCUGUUUCUUUUUCUCUUUUGUUGGUUAAAUGAAUGGAAAUGGAGACAUUUGGGCAACGGAGGCCUAAGAUUUCCAGCUUCUCUUCUGACCAGAGCUUAGUCGAUUUGCUACCUUCAACUGCCCCUGCUUCAUCCAGAGGAAACAGGCAGCUUCAGAAACAGAGAAAAUUUCCAAAAUUGGCAUCUGAUUCUAGUUCUUGCAGUAGUGAUACUACAGAGGAAGAUCAGUUAACGUUUGAGUUGACUUGUAGAUCUUCAAAACAAUCAACUGCGACACCAAUGAAGAAGUUGUUAGCGAAAGAGAUGACAAAAGAAAACGAAUCUAGAAGACGAGCACCAAGUGUUAUUGCUAGAUUGAUGGGCCUUGAUGGACUGCCACCUCAGCAGCCUGGCCACAAGCAGCAAAAAAGAAAUGAGAAUAGUCAUGAGAAAGUCCAGAGGGGUAGUACAUCUUAUAGUUGGCAAUCUUCUAGGAAAAGCUCCAAGGACGAGCAGGAAUUUAAAGAUGUUUUUGAAGUUUUAGAUGCAUUAAAAAUGGAGGGUGCUAGUUUCUCUUCACAAGGACCUGUAAAGUCAAAGCUUUCUGAUACUGAGGUGGCCUUUAUCCGGCAUAAGUUUAUGGAGGCUAAACGUCUUUCAACUGAUGAAAAGCUUCAAGAUUCUGAGGAAUUCAAUGAUACCCUUGAAGUUUUAAACUCCAACACCGAUCUUCUGCUGAAUUACUUUCAACAACCAAAUUCAUUAUUCACUAAGCAUUUGCAUGAUUUGCGAGUGCCACCCCAAUCCCAUUGUGGUCGAGUAACUGCUAUGAAGUCAUCGCAUACUCUGAACAAUGAAAAUUGUUGCUUUGCACAAAGAAUUGGGAGAGAAACUCAAACGAAACUCCACUGUAAAUCUCCCAUGGGGCAUCAAGAAGAUUGUUUGAAUCACUCUUAUGGGAGAUAUACUGCUCACAACCCCUCCAAGUCACCGGUGGUUCAAUUAGAAGAGAAAAAUGGGCCAACUAUUGUACCCACAAGAAUUGUUGUCUUGAAACCAAAUCUUGGGAAGUCACAGAACUCUUCUAGAACUGCUUCAUCACCUUGUUCCUCUCAUCAUUUUCCAUCCAAGUGCACAAGACACUCAGAAAUUCUAGGUAUCCAAAAUAAGGAGGCAGAAAUUUGGGGCAAGAAUAAGGUUCAUCAAGAUACCGGGUUUUCAAGGUAUAAUUCUAGAGACUCUAGGGAAAUGGCCAAGGAGAUUACUAGGCAAAUGAAAAAUAGCUUUAACAAUAGCCCAGUUACAAUUUCAACCUCCAGGUUUAGAGGAUAUGCAGGGGAUGAGAGUUCAUGUGAUGUAUCUGGAUCUGAAUCUGCAAAUGAUUCAGAUGUAACAACGGUAUCCUACAGAGAUAACAUUAGCUGGAAUAAGCGACGACAUAGGAGGUCAUCAUCCCGUUCUAGUGAAUCAUCAGUCAGUAGGGAGGCCAAGAAGAGAUUGUCUGAGAGGUGGAAAUUAACGCACAAGUCUCAAGAGGUGCACAUGGUUAGCAGGGGCAGUACACUGGGUGAAAUGCUUGCCACCUCAGAUAGGGAAGUGAUUCCUGGAAAUUCUAGUGGCCAGGUUGGUGUGGAAAGAUGCAAUGAGAUUGGUAAUCAUGUUAGGCCUGCAGUUUUGAAUGAACCAUUAGGUAUUAGCAGUAGGGACGGUUGGAAGGAUGGUUGUCUUGGUAAUCUUUCAAGAUCACGAUCUCUUCCUGCUUCAUCUACCAACUUUGGAAGUCCUGGAGUAAGCAUCCGUCCUGAAAGUCUUCGCAGAGAUAAGAAUGUGAAUCCAAAAGAGAGUUUCAUGUGGGACAGAAACAAGGCAGUAAAAGGCAAUUUUAAUCAGAGGGAAGCUCCAUUACCUAGCAACCAAAGAUCACGUGUUAAGAAAUCUCGACUUCUGGGUCGUAGUUGCAGUAGUAGUAAGGAAUACAGUGACACUUCACCAGAUUCUAAUGUCAUCCCAUAUCAAGUAAAGCAAGAUAUAGAAGGGGAUAAGCAAUCUGAAAACAAUGUUUCGGUCUCAGGGGCUUCUAGCUCUGCCAUGGAUUCAAGUUCAGUUCUUGAAAAUGCCGCUGAUGUCAAUGAUCAGAAUAAGCCCGUGCUUUCUGAACCUUCUCAGAUGGAAUUAUCACCUCCUGCUUCUUUGAAUCCUGCUAUAGUUUCUACUAGUGACCUAGAUAAUUUGGACUCGCAGGUAUUUCUGAAUGGUGUUUUUGUUUGAUGUGUCUAUUCUGAUCAUGCUCAUGGUGUUGCAUACCGGUUAUUUGUUAUAUUUGACAAACUGGGCAGCCUUUCCCUUUCAAACAAAAUUUUGAAUAUGUUUUAAUGCACAGUAUAGGUUUACAAGAUGGACUUCUACGUUUUUAAGUCAUCUUUCUUUCCUGGUCAAUUUUAACCGAACACAUCUUUAUGUGGUUUCUCCACUAUUAGAAUCUUUUUUUUUUUAUUCUUUGGUUUUCUAUUCUAUCAUUCCGUUCUACUCUUGAGUAUUUUCUUUAUCUGUUGCUUUUGCCUUGUAACAUGCACACACGGGAUGUUUGCUCAAUAACAGUCUGUAUUCCUUAAAUUGUGCUGUUAGCAAUGUAUAAAUCUUAUUUUUUCAACUGACUACACUUCCCCAU